AUGGACUCCGACGAGAUCAUGGACCCUGAAGAGUCCCUCAACCAACGCCCCGACCACGACGAAAUGGACCUCGACGAGAAAUACCCCAACCGCCCUCUCAACCGCUCCCCCACCCUCCCCUUCCACGACCUCUACCAAACCCUCUUCAACCCCCUCAGCGAGAUCAAAAAGGCACCCCCGGGCGCCUCCUCCAACCCCGCGCGCCGCAAAGCCGGACCGCACGGCCAAUCCGCCGCAGCGCUCAACCCGUUCGAACGCCGCCGCGACGUGAUCGAGCGAUUCAUCUCGCGAUGGCGCAAGACCGUCGGCGACGACAUCUACCCGGCCUUCCGGCUAAUCCUGCCGGACAAGGACCGCGACCGAGCGAUGUACGGCCUCAAAGAGAAAGCGAUCGGCAAGAUGCUAGUGAAGAUCAUGAAGAUCGACAAGAACUCCGAGGACGGGCUGGGGUUGCUAAACUGGAAGCUGCCGGGGCAGACGGCCUCGGGGGCGGGGGCGGGGUUCGUGGCGGGGGACUUUGCGCGACGCUGCUACGAUGUUAUUUCCAAGCGUCCGAUGAGGACCCAGGUCGGCGAUAUGUUGAUUGAGGAGGUCAAUGAGAGGUUGGAUCGGCUGGCUGCGGCGUCUAAGGAGGAGCAGCAGUUGGUCAUCCUGGAGGAGUUUUACCGCCGCAUGUGUCCCGAGGAGAUGUUGUGGUUGAUUCGCAUUAUACUGAGGCAGAUGAAGGUGGGGGCUACGGAAAGGACGUUUUUCGAUGUUUGGCAUCCCGAUGCUGAGGGCCUGUAUAGUAUUUCGAGUAGUCUGAGGCGCGUGUGUUGGGAGUUGCAUGAUCCGAAUGUGAGGCUGGAGGCGGAGAAUAGGGGCAUUGCCUUGAUGCAGUGCUUUCAGCCCCAGCUGGCCCAGUUUCAGAUGCAUUCCCUGGAUCGUAUGAUCGCGCGUAUGCGCGGCACGGAGGAGGAUAAUGUGUUUUGGAUCGAGGAGAAGUUGGAUGGGGAGCGUAUGCAGUUGCAUAUGGAGUCUGAUGCGUCUGUGGCUGGCGGGAGGAGGUUUCGGUUCUGGUCGCGCAAGGCGAAGGACUAUACCUAUCUUUAUGGGGAGGGGUUGGAGGAUCCGAAUGGGGCUCUGACAAGACAUCUGAAGGAUGCCUUUGCGGAUGGGGUCGACAGUUUGAUUCUGGACGGCGAGAUGGUCGCCUGGAAUCCCGAGCAGGAUGGCCCUGAGCCGUUUGGGACGCUCAAGACUGUUGCGCUGGCCGAGCAGAGGAAUCCCUUCACGGAGGGUUCCCGGCCGCUGUUUCGCGUCUUUGACAUUCUAUACUUGAAUGGUCAUGACUUGACGAGGUACACUCUACGUGAUCGUCGGAAUGCCUUGCAGAAGAGCGUCAAGUCCGUGUACCGUCGGUUCGAGAUCCAUCCCUACGAGGAAGCUACGAGCAAAGCCGAGAUUGAAGCAUCUCUUCGAACAGUGGUUGCGGAAGCGUCCGAGGGACUGGUGCUCAAGAACCCUCGAUCUCCCUACCGUCUGAAUGAACGCCACGAUGACUGGAUGAAAGUGAAACCCGAAUACAUGACCGAGUUCGGGGAGUCGUUGGAUCUCAUCGUCAUCGGCGGAUACUUUGGCAGCGGACAUCGAGGCGGUGUCCUGGCCAGCUUUCUCUGUGGACUGAGGGCCGACGAUGCUACGUCUUCGCAGGGGACGAACGUGACUAAAUGCUACUCGUUCUGCAAAGUAGGAGGCGGCUUCACGGCGGCCGAUUUCGCCAAUAUUCGCCAUCACACCGAUGGCAAGUGGAUGGACUGGAACGCGAAGAAGCCGCCAACGGCGUACAUCGAACUGGCAGGUGGGAAUCUGCAGUACGAGCGUCCGGAUCAAUGGAUCAAGCCGGAGGACUCGGUGGUGCUUUGCGUGAAAGCGGCUUCGGUAUCCGUUAGUGAUCAGUUCCGGAUCGGACUGACUCUGCGCUUUCCCCGGUUUAAGAGGCUGCGCAUGGAUAAGAAUUGGAAGACCGCGCUUUCGGUGCAGGAGUUCCUCGAUCUUAAGUCCAACGUGGAGCAGGGGCAGAAGGAGAAGGAGUUCAAUGUUGAGAACUUCCGCAAGAAACGCGCGAAGACGACCAAGAAGCCUUUGAAGAUUGCAGGGUAUGAUUCGGAUGCAGAGGUUAAGUUUGAUACGCCAUCUGGGCAUAUCUUUGAUGGACUCAACUUUUUCAUUAUGACCGAUUCGCUCAAGCCGAAGAAGUCCAAGGCGGACCUGGAGCAGAUUGUGAAAGCUAAUGGGGGCAAAUUUUACCAGACACACAGGGCAGUGCCGGAUACUAUCUGCAUUGCAGAUAGAGAGAUGGUCAAGCCGGCUUCGCUGAGGAAGAGCGGCCUUGUGGAUAUCAUCCGUCCAUGUUGGAUUCUGGACUGUGUCCGACAGAAUGAGAUUGAUGCGGGCCUUCCGGACUUGCUUCUUCCUAUGGAACCUAGGCACAUGUUUUUCACCACGCCUGAAAAGGAGGACGAGGUUGCAGCCAGCCUUGAUCAGUUCAAGGACAGUUAUUCACGCAAUGUGACGAAAGACGAGCUGAGAGAGGUAUGUGCCAUGUGCCAUGUGCCAUGUGCGACACGCUCCCCCGGUCAGUCGCUGACGAAGAUGAGCGAGGAGCAUGGGUUCGAUGCCUCGCAGCACGGCGACGCUAUCCAAAAGCUCCGAGAAAGCGUGCACGAGCAAGCCGACGCGGGCUGGGAGCUGCCAUGCGGAUGGCUCUUCCAAGGCUUGACCUUCUUUUUCCCCGAGCCGACGGAGCAAGACACGGACCCCGAGGAACCCGCAGACGCUGGCCAAGGCCACCCGCUUCCUUUGGCCCGCCAGACGGCCCUAUUCGCAGGAGCUAGCGUCGUCGAUACGGUCAAGAACCCAUCCAUCACGCAUGUGGUUGUGGAUUCCAACACGCCGUCGUCCGAGAUCAGCUCCUUGCGGAAGACCUGGUCUGCCACGCCGGGCACGAAGAUCCCUCACAUCGUCACGACGGAGUGGAUCAAGGAGAGCUGGACGCAACGGACGCUCCUGGACGAAGAGAGUAAGUGAGAAAGCGCAGCGCGGGAUUGUCUCGUCACCAGUCAACCAUGCAGGGGCUAAUUUGGGUCUUGCACUUUAGGGUUUCAGCCUUCGAGAACAUCCUGAGGUCCUGACGGAGAUAUGGACGGAGCUUCGUCGGGUAUACACGCAUCCCCGGUGCAACCUUGGAUUUCCAAUCCGCCCUCUUUUUUUUUCACUUUCUGAUGCCUC